GCUUCUUUCAACAGCAGCAAUAGUCAGUCAGCCACCUCGGUAGCUUGCUAGACACAAUAGACGAACCAAUAAAGCUCUUUAGACGCUUUCCUGUAUAUUAGCCACUGUGUUUGAAACAUUCUGUCGUCUAGUUAGUUAUCCGAUUUACUUUCAUAUGUACGGUGUUGUUGUUAUUGGUCAGCUAGCUGGCUGGUUAAGUUAGCAUUAGCCUAGCUAGCUAACAUCCCCGACCAUGAGUUCACUAAGCUACUCUCCUGCUAAAGUAGAGGUGGUCUGCUGGAUGGAGAAAGAAGCUCUCGUGAAAGAGGAGGAGGAAGAGGAGGCUGUUACAAUACAAAAACAAGUAGAGAGUGAGGCUGUUACAGUGAAAGAAGAAGAGAAAGACGUUUCAGUGAAAGAAGAGGAAGACGCGUUCAGAGUGAAAGAGGAGGAUGUUACAGUAAAGGAAGAGGAGGCAGAGAAAGAGGAGGAUGUUACAAUACAAAAACAAGUAGAGGUUGAGGCUGUUAGCGUGAAGGAAGAAGAGAAAGACGUUACAGUGAAAGAAGAGGAAGAUGCGUUCAGCGUGAAAGAGGAGGAAGAUGUUACAGUGAAAGAAGAGGAGGAAAGGACAGAGGAGGAUGCAGUUUUUGGAGUGAAAGAGGAGGAGGAGGAGAUGACUGUCACAUCCAAAAAGGAGGAGGAAGAAGAGGAGGAAACUGGAUAUCUGGGCCCAGUUUCCCAGACGCAUCUUAAGGCAUCCAAUGGUUCUAACGAUGAAGUUAGCCGUAAGAUGGUUUUGAGAAACCGUUCCCUGAUUAACACUAGAGAGAGACAUGACAAUCGUGGAUCCUCUGGGGAGCCUCAACAACAUCAUGAAGCUGAUGAGGCAGAGAAGAGUCCCCCCAGAUCAGAACACCUCAAGAAACACCAGCGGAAACCCACAGGAAAGAAAUCUCACCACUGCUCUGACUGUGGGAAGAGAUUCACCUCUUCAACAGACCUUAAAAGCCAUCAGAGAAUCCAUACAGGAGAGAAACCUAAUAGCUGUGAUCAAUGUGGGAAGAGUUUUAGUGUUACACGCAGCCUGAAAGCACACCAGAAAACACACACAAGAGAGAAAUCUUAUAGAUGUGAUCAAUGUGGGAAGAGUUUUGUUACAUCUAGCAUUCUGACUAUACACCAGAGAACACACACAGGAGAGAAACCUUAUAGCUGUGAUCGGUGUAUGAAGAGUUUUACUACAUCUAACCAGCUGACUAUACACCAGAGAAUACACACAGGAGAGAAACCUUUCCACUGCUCUGACUGUGGAAGGCAUUUUGUUUCUUCCCAAUAUUUAAAAUCACACAAGAGAACACACACAAUAGCGAAACCUUACCACUGCUCUGACUGUGGAAAGUGUUUUGUUUCGUCACAAUAUUUAAAAUCACACCAGAAAACACACACAGGAGAGAAGCCUUAUAGCUGUGAUCAAUGUGGAAAGAGAUUUAGUCACUCAAGCAACCUGAUGGUACAUUUGAGAACACACACUGGAGAGAAACCUUAUAGCUGUGAUCAAUGUGGAAAGAGUUUUACUUCAUUUAGCCAGCUGACUAUACACAAGAGAAUACACACAGGGGAUAAACCUUACCACUGCUCUGACUGUGGAAAGAGUUUUGUUUCGUCCCAAAAUUUAAAAUCACACCAGAAAACACACAAAGGAGAGAAGCCUUAUAGCUGUGAUCAAUGUGGGAGGAGUUUUACUCACUCAAGGAACAUGAUAUCACACCAGAGAACACACACAGGACUAACAUCCCCGACCAUGAGCUCACUAAGCUACUCUCCUGCUAAAGAAGAGAUCUGCUGGACGGAGAAAGAGGGUCUGUGGCUGAACAUUGUCGUGAAAGAGGAGGAGGAAGAUGAGGAUGUCACUAUACAAAAACAAGUAGAGGUCGAGGCUGUUACCGUGAAAGAAGAGAAAUACGUUACAGUGAAAGAAGAGGAAGAUGCGUUCAGAGUGAAAGAGGAGGAGGAUGUUACAGUAAAAGGAGAGGAGGAAGAGACAGAUGAGGAUGCAGUUUUUGGAGUGAAAGAGGAGGAGGAGAUGACUGUCACAUCGAAAAAGGAGGAGGAAGAAGAGGAGGAUGCUGGAUAUCUGGGCCCGGUUUCCCAAAGGCAACUUAAGGCAUCCAAUGGUUCUAACGAUGAACUUAGCCGUAAGAUGGUUUUGAGAAACCGUUCCCUGAUUAACACUAGAGAGAGACGGGACUAUUGUGGAUCCUCUGGGGAGUCUACAGGAGAGAGACGUGACUAUUGUGGAUCCUCUGGGGAGCCUCAACAACAUGAAGCUGAGGAGGCAGAGAAGAGUCUCUCCACAUCAGAACACCUCAAACACCAGCGGAGACCCACCGGGAAGAAAUCUCACCACUGCUCUGACUGUGGGAAGAGAUUCCCCUCUUCAGCAGACCUCAAAAGACAUCAGAGAAUCCAUACAGGAGAAAAACCUAAUAGCUGUGAUCAAUGUGGGAAGAGUUUUAGUGUUACAAGCAGCCUGAAAGCACACCAGAAAACACACACAGGAGAGAAAUCGUAUAGCUGUGAUCAAUGUGGGAAGAGUUUUGUUACAUCUAGCAGUCUGACUAUACACCAGAGAAUACACACUGGAGAGAAACCUUAUAGCUGUGUUCAAUGUGGGAAGAGUUUUAAUGUUCCAAGCAGCCUAAAAACACAUCAGAGAACACACACAGGAGAUAGACCGUAUAGCUGUAGUCAAUGUGGGAAAAGUUUUGCUUCAUCUAGCCAGCUGACUAUUCACGAGAGAACACACACAGGAGAGAAACCUUAUAGCUGUAGUCAAUGUGAGAAGAGGUUUACUCACUCAAGCAACCUGAUGGUACAUUUGAGAACACACACAGGAGAGAAACCUUAUAGCUGUGAUCAAUGUGGCAAGAGUUUUGUUACAUCUAGCUGUCUGACUAUGCACCAGAGAAUACACACUGGAGAGAAACCUUUUAGCUGCACUCAAUGUGGGAAAAGUUUCACUCAGGCAAAUAUCCUGAUAGCACACCGGAGAACUCACACAGGAGAGAAACCUUAUAGCUGUGAUCAAUGUGGCAAGAGUUACUCUGGUAAAAGAGCAAUGAUAAAACAUCAGAAAGUACAUACAUGAAGGAGUUGUUUCAUGAUAUCAAUGAAAUAAUGUCACAAUGUAGAAUGUUUUAACAUUGUAGUAGGAGUAUUUUAAUGAUGUCACAAUGUAGAAUGUUUUACCAUUGUAGUAGGAGUAUUUUAAUGAUGUCACAAUGUAGAAUGUUUUAACAUUGUAGUAGGAGUACUUUAAUGAUGUCACAAUGUAGAAUGUUUUACCAUUGUAGUAGGAGUAUUUUAAUGAUGUCACAAUGUAGAAUGUUUUACCAUUGUAGUAGGAGUAUUUUAAUGAUGUCACAAUGUAGAACCCUAAAUGUUUGCCCCCUGUUCUAUUGAUUUGGACAUGAUAUGGAUAUUAGCCUCAGGGGGAAAAUCCAGGCUCUGAAAUGAAAGAGUACUAUUUAUGUGAUAAACAUCAAGUGUUGUGUUAGACUUACCUCGUCGGUGACCCACUUGAAUCAAAAUGCAACACUUAAAAAUGUAGCGAACUGUUUUCUACAAAUUGUCCUCUAACCAUUGAUGUACACAUUAUUCCCAGAUUCUGUGUGGUUUGUUUAGCUGUGUUAACAGGACGUGAAACCUCAUCUCCUCCCUCUCGCACAAUUGAUUUCAACAUGAUAUCGAUGAGUGAUCACAAAUAAGUGUUGCGUUCCUUUGUUUAGCGACCCCUACAUUUAAAUGCAUCACUCCAAAAUGUAGCUGACUGUCUUCUGCAGGUUGUCCUCUAACCAGUGAGGUUAAAGAUAUCUCCCAUUUCCAUGUGUUUUUUAGUUGUGUUAGCUUCAAAAGCAUGUACAUUCUGAGUUCUCCCCUAAUAGAUAUCAGUGAUUUAUU